AUGCCGGAGAGCUCUCGAAAGAUGGCCUUCCUCCUUUUCGGGGACCAGUCACUGGACACGUUUGGGUUCCUCUACAACUUAUGCCACUAUGGCACCCCAAGCUUGUUGUCCAGAGCCUUCCUUCAGCAAGUGAGCAUCGCGCUUUGCCAUGAAUUGGAUUGUCUUCCUAGUAUUGAGAGAAAGAAACUACCUAUAUUCACAAACAUUGAGGAGCUCAAUGAAAGAUAUCAUGAUAGGGGGACGAAGCACUCUGGCAUCGAAAGCGCCCUGCUAUGUAUCACCCAACUUGCAUAUUACCUCGAUCGUGCGGAAAAGGUGCCUGAAGAUGCAACCACUUCUGCAGAAACAUGUCUUGUUGGAUUAUGUACUGGAUUAUUUGCAGCAGCUGCUGUGGCAUGCUCGCCAUCUUUGUCGGCACUUGUACGUAUCGCAGUACAAGUGACAGUCAUGGCGUUCAGAACCGGGUCAUACGUUGCGACGUUGGGAGAUAACCUUAGCGGCACUAGUGACAAUGCCGAACCUUGGACAUAUGUCGUCCCCGGAGCCAGUGAAGCACUUGCUACAACGACUCUCCGUAACUUCCACGAAACGAAGGGCAUCCCCCUUGCUGGCCGCGCAUACAUUAGCGCAAUUACCUCCACCAGUGUUGCCAUCAGCGGGCCGCCAUCAACCUUGACUACGCUAUGGGCGUCGGAUGUUUUUGCAGCAGCACCAUUACCGAUCCAUGUGUAUAGCCCGUAUCAUGCAUCACAUCUCCACCCGGAACUUGAUUCCGAAAAGAUACUCGGUCUUGACGAUCCAGAGGUCCUGGACGCGCUGGACGCUUCCAAGCCCGUUAUACCAAUUCUGUCAUCCGCCACGGGCCAGUGGUAUGACGCAGAAACAACCUCGGGGUUAAUGAAGGGCGUUUUCCAAGACAUCCUGACACAGCCUCUACAGUUCCACCGAGUUCUUGAUGGGUGCUUACUUAAAGCACAAACCUUCAGAGGCUCAAGAUGUUUAGUCAUCCCAAUCGGCCCCACACACGCUGGGAGUAGUUUGGUUAACACACUCAAGGCCAAAACAGAUCUGGAGGUGGUUUUGCGACGGACACCAUUUGGUAAGAAUGAGCCAAGCAUACCAAGUGGUAAAAAUUCAGGGGCUUCAAAUCGUGGUAAACUUGCCAUCGUCGGAAUGGCUGGAAGAUUUCCAGAUGCUGCCAGUCAUGAAAAGCUGUGGGAGCUUCUUCAGAAUGGGUUGGAUGUGCAUAGAGAAGUUCCAAAAGAUCGAUUCGAUGUAGCCACACAUGUUGAUCUGACAGGGAAGACUAGAAAUACUAGCCACACACCUUAUGGCUGUUGGAUCGAAAACCCAGGGCUAUUCGACCCAAGAUUCUUUAACAUGUCGCCCCGCGAAGCCUUCCAAACGGAUCCAAUGCAAAGGCUUGCUCUGGCCACUGCCUAUGAGGCCCUUGAAAUGUCAGGCUACGUUCCCAACCGGACUGCCUCCACAAAACUGGACCGUAUUGGUACGUUUUAUGGCCAGACAUCUGAUGACUGGAGAGAAAUCAACGCCGCCCAGGACGUUGAUACAUACUUCAUCACUGGUGGAGUUAGAGCGUUUGGACCUGGCCGUAUCAACUAUCAUUUUGGUUUCAGCGGACCGAGUUUUAAUAUUGACACUGCUUGUUCAUCAAGUGCAGCUGCGCUUCAACUUGCCUGCACCUCGCUUUGGGCCGGGGACUGCGAUACUGCAAUAGUUGGCGGGUUAUCUUGCAUGACCAAUAGUGACAUUUUCGCGGGGCUUAGUCGGGGGCAAUUUCUUUCUAAGAAUGGCCCUUGUGCUACCUUCGACAACGAUGCCGAUGGCUAUUGCAGAGCGGAUGGAGUCGGGACCGUCAUUGUCAAAAAACUAGAAGAUGCCCAGGCGGAUAAGGACAAUAUUCUGGGAGUCAUUCUUGCCACAGCGACCAAUCAUUCUGCUGAAGCUGUUUCAAUCACCCAUCCUCAUGGUGGAACCCAGGAAAUACUCUACCGGUCCAUUAUGAACAAGGCGGGUGUCGACCCCCUUGAUGUCGAUUAUGUCGAAAUGCACGGAACAGGUACUCAAGCUGGAGAUGGGACAGAAAUGCGAUCCGUAACGAACGUUUUUGCACCCGCGGAUCGCAGGAGAAGCGCAGAUCAGCCCCUAUUCCUCGGCGCCGUGAAAGCGAAUGUUGGUCACGGAGAGGCGGCAUCUGGAGUAACUGCACUCAUCAAAGUUCUCCUUAUGUUGCAGAAGAAUGCGAUCCCGCCACACGUUGGUAUCAAGAAUGUCAUCAACAAAACCUUUCCAACGGAUCUUGCAGAGCGGAAUGUCAAUAUUGCUUUUCAUACUACCCCACUUCGCGGGAAGCCAGGCUUGCCUCGACGCAUAUUCGUGAACAAUUUCAGCGCUGCUGGCGGCAACACCGGAUUGCUGUUGGAAGAUGGACCUGCAUACAAGCCAGCGGUGACUGAUCCUCGCUCCAUGCAUGUAGUCUCCGUUACAGCAAAGUCUAAGGCUGCAAUGUUUAGGAACGCUUCGCGAUUGAUGUCUUAUCUCGAGGAACACCCAAAUACAUCUAUCUCGGAUCUGGCAUAUACUACCACUGCUCGUCGAAUUCAGCAUAACUGGCGAAUGCUGAUUACGGCGUCUGAUAUCCAACAGGCACAAGCCACCUUGAAGUGUAGGAUGAAUGAUACAUUCAUCCCAGUCCUACCCGAGCCUCCCAAAGUUGCAUUUACAUUUACCGGUCAAGGUUCCCACUAUGCCGCUCUAGGGAAAGACCUCUACGAGAACUCGUCCAAUUUUAGAGAAAGUAUAGAGGAAUUCGACAGGAUUACCAGAAUUCAUGGUUUCCCAUCAUUCAUCCCCCUCAUAGAUGGCAGUGUGGCCGAUGUCGCAUCAAUUUCGCCCGUGGUGGUCCAAGUCGGCUUGGUCUGCUUCGAGAUUGCCAUGGCACGUUUGUGGGAAUCAUGGGGAAUCGCCCCCAGCGUGCUCAUUGGCCACAGUUUAGGGGAGUAUUCCGCACUCUGCGUUUCCGGGGUACUUUCGGUCAGUGAUACCAUCUAUUUGGUUGGCUCCAGGGCCCAGUUACUCGUCGAAGAAUGCACGGCAGACACGCACGCGAUGCUGGCCGUUCAAGGUACAGUAUCCUCAAUCACAGAUGCCCUUCAGGACACAAACAUCGUAUUGAGCAUUGCCUGCAUAAACGGUCCUCGUGAGACUGUUCUCUCCGGGAAAGCCACGGAAAUGGCAGACCUCGCCGAUAGCCUCACUAAGGCAGGGUUUAAAUGCACAAGACUUCAAGUGCCUUUUGCCUUCCAUUCAGCACAAGUGGACCCUAUCUUGGAUGAGUUUGAAAGGAUUGCUACCGCCAUUCGUUUCCAAAAAGCAAAAGUACCCCUAAUCUCCCCACUCCUAGGUCGACCUGUGACCGACGCUCAUUCAAUUGGUCCCAAUUAUCUUCGAAAUCAUGCCCGUGAAGCUGUUAAUUUCCUCGGCGGGCUUGUAUCUGCCCAGGAUGGUGGGCUAAUUGACGACAAGACAAUCUGGCUGGAAGUAGGACCACAUCCCGUUUGUUCCGGGAUAGUCAAAGCUACCUUCGGCGCUACCACGAUAACAACACCCUCGCUGCGUCGGAAAGAAGACGCGUACAGAACGAUUUGUGGAAGUCUAAGCUCAUUACAAACCGCCGGAGUCAACAUAGACUGGAACGAAUACCAUCGGGACUUCGCUCAUGCAGUCCGUCUCCUUGAUCUCCCUAGCUAUUCCUUUGAUGACAAGAAUUACUGGAUCCAAUACGAGGGAGAUUGGUGCUUGACGAAAGGAGCGGGUGCACUUCCCGCUCCCGAACCAGCAAAGGCGGCGUUCUCCACGACCACAAUCCACAAUAUUGUGAAGGAGAAUGUAACUGGCAAGGUGGUUACCAUCGUCACUGAAACAGAGCUCACCAGGCCUGACCUCCGACCUCUUGUCACGGGUCAUGUGGUCAACGGUGCAUAUCUGUGCCCAUCAUCUCUGUAUGGUGAUAUGGCCAUGACAGUUUGCGACUAUGGCUACAAGCUGGCUGAUCCCGAUGUGAAGGAUCUCGUGACGAAUGUGGCACACAUGGCGGUACCGAAGUCAUUGAUUCUCAAACCUAAUGCCACGUCGCACAUCUUGACACUCUCCGCAACCAUCGAUACAAGUCUUCGGCGGGCAAAUCUUAUAUUUUCAAGUGGCUCUGAUAAAGAAAAGGUGGAGCAUGCCAAUUGCACCGUUUUCUUCGGCGCUCGUGAAGAAUACCUCUCUGAGUGGAAUCGCCAAGCGUACCUUAUACAAUCCCGAGUCGAUUGGCUUAAAGAUGCGGAGGCCAAGGGACAGGCUCAUAAAAUUGGGCGCGGCCUGGCGUACAAGCUCUUCGCGGCUUUGGUAGAUUAUGAUCAAAAGUACAGGGGCAUGGAAGAAGUCAUUCUUCAUAGCGCCAACAUGGAGGCAACAUCCCGUGUAGUAUUCCAGACAACGGCGGCUGACGGAUCAUUUUUCUGCUCUCCGUAUUGGAUCGACAGCGUGGCCCAUAUAUCUGGAUUUAUAGUGAACGGUUCCGAUGCGGUUGACUCCCGUGAGAAUGUCUACAUCAGCCACGGCUGGGAGUCACUAAGGGUCGCCGAGCCUUUCUCAGCCGAGAAACAGUACCGAUCAUAUGUAAGGAUGCAACCUACGGAGAACAAGGUCAUGUCGGGCGAUGUUUAUGUUUUCGAUGGAGACACGAUCAUCGCUAUGGUCGGUGGAUUGAAGUUUCAAUGCAUUCCGCGCCGGGUGAUGAACAUGCUCAUGCCGCCAGUUGGGGCUGCUGCUUCUUCUGCCAAACCAGCUUCUGGAGUUCCCCACCAGACCAAACCUGCUGCUGGGAAAUCUACCAAGACUGCCCAAGUAACGAUGAAGACGAUUUCUAAAGUCAAUGCAAAGCUUGCCUCGGUAUGCUCGCAGGCGUUGGAUAUUCUUGCCACUGAGGUGGGUGUUGGGAACGAUGAACUUGCUGAUAACAUUGCAUUUACCGACUUGGGCGUCGACUCCCUCAUGUCGCUGACAGUGAGCGGGAGACUUCGUGAGGAUCUUGAUAUAGAUGUCCCAUCAAGCGCAUUCCUUGAAAAUCCCACGAUUGGUUCGUUCAAGGCAUUCCUGUCUAAGUUCGAACAGAAGGGAAUGGUCGCCACGACGAAUUCAGAUUCACCCGAAAGUCAUGAUCAAACAACCCCUGAUCUAGAACUGGAAGACCCGGACACUGGUGUUACCACACCUCUCGAUGACACACCCUCUGAGGAUGGCAAUACUGCUCUUGGAGGCAUCAUUCGAACUACCAUUGCAGGUGAAAUGGGUGUAGAAAUUGACGAAAUCAUAGAUGCGCACGACCUUUCUACUAUGGGGAUGGAUUCCCUCAUGAGCCUAUCUAUCCUUGGAAGCUUGCGCGAGAAGACGGGAUUGGCCCUUCCUUCUGACCUCCUUGCCAGCAACCCAUCAAUCAAAGCGAUUGAAAGGUCACUGAAUAUUGGGGCAACUUCAAAGCGACCAAAGGCGGCAAAGAGCAUACCUGCUCCCGCUGCUCCGCCGGCUCCGCUACAGGCCCGGCUUUGCGCCCACUCGCCCGAGCGAUUAGCAACCUCUGUUCUCCUUCAGGGAAAUACCAAACGUGCAACUAAGCACCUCUGGAUGGUCCCGGACGGCAGCGGCUCCGCAACGUCGUACACGGAGAUUGCAGACGUGGGCUCCCACGUUGCUGUCUGGGGCUUGAAUUCCCCAUACAUGAAAACUCCAGAGGAAUUCAAGUGCGGCGUCUACGGGAUGGCAGAACAUUUCAUCAAAGAAAUCAAGCGCCGCCAGCCCCAGGGGCCUUACCUACUAGCCGGGUGGAGCGCGGGAGGAGUUAUUGCAUUCGAAGCGGUAAGACAGCUACUCGACAGCGGCGACGAGAUCGAGCAAUUGAUUAUCAUCGACGCCCCAUGUCCCGAAGUCAUCGAACCGCUUCCAGCAUCCCUCCACCGAUGGUUUGCAGAGGUCGGAAUUUUGGGUGAUGGGGAUAUGUCCAAGCUGCCGAAAUGGCUGCUGCCCCAUUUCGCCGCAUCCGUCACAGCGCUAUCAAACUACACGGCCGUCCCCAUUGACCCGGUGCGAGCACCCUUUGUGACGGCAAUAUGGUGCGAGGAUGGUGUGUGUAAACUUCCGACGGAUCCUCGGCCGGACCCAUACCCAGAUGGUCACGCUCUGUUUCUACUCGAUAACCGCAAUGAUUUUGGGCCGAACCUCUGGGACCGGUAUCUCAACGGCGACCGAUUGGUCACCCAUCACAUGCCAGGAAACCAUUUCACCAUGAUGAAGGGCGGCAUGGCCAAGAUCCUUGGCAAGAUCAUCCGAGACGCCAUUUCGCGCACAAGUGCAUGA